AUGGCGGCUACUCAAGGGUUGGAAGGGAGCCAACCUGUGGAUCUCUCCAAGCAUCCAUCUGGAAUUGUCCCUACACUCCAGAAUAUUGUGUCGACAGUCAAUUUGGACUGCAAGUUGGAUCUUAAAGCUAUUGCAUUGCAAGCUCGUAACGCGGAAUACAAUCCCAAGCGUUUUGCUGCCGUGAUCAUGAGGAUUAGAGAACCCAAAACAACGGCACUAAUUUUUGCUUCUGGAAAGAUGGUUUGUACAGGAGCCAAGAGUGAACAACAGUCAAAAUUGGCAGCUCGGAAGUAUGCCAGAAUUAUUCAAAAGCUUGGUUUUCCUGCGAAAUUUAAGGAUUUCAAGAUUCAAAACAUAGUCGGCUCCUGUGAUGUCAAAUUUCCCAUUAGACUUGAAGGUCUUGCAUAUGCUCAUGGUGCCUUUUCAAGUUAUGAACCAGAACUAUUGUUCUCACAGGAGCAAAGGUCAGAGACGAGACAUAUACUGCAUUUGAGAAUAUAUACCCGGUUCUCACUGAGUUCCGUAAAGUCCAGCAAUGAUCUAUUGAAGAUUGACGUUGUGGCUGAAGGAUUGCAUGGAGAGCAGAUGGCAUUGCCUCUAUUGGCAUGGGCUAUGUGUGUGUAA